AUGGAAGAAGAGGCUUUAAAAUUUGCUAAGGAUGUAACGGAAUGUCUCGCGUCUGGCGGUUUCGCUUUAACCGGUUUUGCUUCAUCUUCCUUGCGAGUAAUCAACAGUAUACCAACGCAUCUUAGAUCGACACCAGUAGCGGAUCUCAACCCGAACGCCUCGCCAGUUGACCUUAUUUUCGGCAUGGAAUGGCAUCUUAUCGACGACUCUUACAGAAUCAGGGUAAAGCAGAUGCCCAAAGUAUCAACAAAGAGGGAAUUGUUAUCAGCCAUUUCCUUGACUUUCGACCCCCUCGGCAUUUGCCUUCCAGUGAUGACAGGAGCAAGGUUACAGUUUCAACAAAUUCAUAAAUUAGAACGCGAAAAGAAAUUGCAUCGCAGGUGGGACAACCAUUUGCCUGAAGAAGUUCUGGCAAAGUGGGAAGAAUGGACGAAAGGACUGAACAGACUAUCUCUUAUGUAUGUCAGCCGUUGCUUCCGCCCGACCGAAUUUCCUCUCGACAAAUCAGUGUUUACGCUUAUCAUCUUUGCGGACGCCUCAUUAGUAGCCUAUUGUGCCGUCGCUUACUUUCGCGUGCAGUGCGGAGACAGGGUGCACGUCAGUUUUGUUAUGGCAAAAGGCCGCCUCACGCCUCUCACCCCUAUGACGAUUCCGCGACUCGAACUAAAAGCCGCCGUCCUGGCGGUUCAUAUUUCAACCAUUAUAAAGAAGGAGCUUCGAAUCAUCAUUUCCGCGACGGAAUUUUAUUCUGACUCAGAAAUAGUGCUACAUCAGUUGCGCACCAGCCGCCCUCGUCAGACAGCGUUCGUCGCGGCAAGAAGAAGCGAAAUUCUUGCCCACUCGUCGGCGGAGCAAUGGUACUAUGUCUGCAGUGAAGACAAUCCCGCGGACGCGUGCCCACGGGGCGUUGUUCCAAAAGAUUUUGGGCCAGAUUGCAAAUGGAUCACCAGACCUACAUUUUUGUUAGAUCCAGCGUUCGUACCAGUAGCAUUCCAUCCGCCUUCCGUUUUUGCUGAUGAUGAGACGGCGCAAGUCGUUAAUGUCGGCCAACUAAGCGAGGCGCAACCAUCACGCCACCCGUCAUUUCUCGUCGUAUCUAAAAUCAUCACUCAAAGCACCCAGCUCAACACCUUGAAGCGUGAUGUCGCCCAAGCGUUACGGACUGAACCGGUUUCCGAAAAAGAACCAACCGCCGAUGAGCUUGCGAAUGCCUUUCGUCUCUGCCUAGCUAUCUCGCAAGAAGAGGCAUUCCCGCGGGAGAGCGAUACCCUGGCAAAAGGCGCCUUAAUCCCCCGGAAUUCUAUCUUGAAGCGGGUGGGGCCAUACAUCGACCCCGCCGACGGUUUAUUGAAGGUGGACGGGCGGCUUCAACAUGCAGAGCUCGUACUCGUCACCCCAUCAUCAUAG